AUAAUGCCACGCGUCUGUAAUGAAACGUCACCACAUCCAACAUGGAUUCCGGGGUUUUGGAAGCCUCUUUGUACACUGUCAAAGGUAUAGCCAUCCUUGACAAUGAUGGAGCAAGAGUUUUGGCUAAGUAUUAUGAUGACACAUACCCUACAGCAAAAGAACAGAAGGAGUUUGAGAAGAACCUUUUCAAUAAAACCCACAGAGCCAAUGCCGAGAUUAUCAUGUUGGAAGGAAUGACCUGUGUAUACAGAAGUAGUGUAGAUUUGUACUUCUACGUCAUGGGAUCUUCCAAUGAGAAUGAGCUUAUUCUAGUUAGUGUUUUGAAUGCAUUCUUUGAUGCAGUAAGCAUGAUGUUAAGAAAAAAUGUAGAAAAAAGAACUUUGAUGGAGAACUUAGAUGGUGUAUUGUUAGCAGUGGAUGAGAUUGUAGAUGGAGGGGUUAUUCUUGAGGCAGAUUCAUCAGCAAUAGUUCAACAAGUAGCAAUGAAGAUGGAUGAUGUACCAAUUACAGAACAGACUGUAGCACAAGUCAUCCAGACAGCCAAAGAUCAACUUAAGUGGUCACUCCUCAAGUGAUAGUUCAAAUAAUUUCUUUAUACAGUGUUCUACCAAUUUGCUAAAUUUAUUACAAUUCCUCUAAAUAUAUUUGCCCAUUUUAAUAUACACCUACAAAGUCUAUGUAGAGUUACUACUAACCACAUAAAUAUAAGAACUGUUGAACUGAUCUGAUAAGAUUAGUAUUCUACAGUGAUAACUGUAUAAAGCAGACCCCUCCCUAAAGGUAUCCACUUAAUAGAGGUACCACUGUUUUUAUCUAAGUUUUUUUGCCAAGGUGAUGGUUCUAGAUACCCAACUUCGAAAGCAGUUUAGGGUUGGGGAUUCGGGCUUUUCAGUAGGAUCCGGCAGCCAUCAAUUCUUGCUGGGUAUUUUACAUGAACUCGCUGCCUAUUUUGAUUGAAUUCCCAAGCAUUUUGGUAAAAUGCUAGAUAUAGAUAUGGUGUACAAGGAACACAAUGGUUUUGAUGUACAGUAAUCUUGCACCAACCUAAACAUCGCUGAUGAUGCAUCAAUCUUGCACCAACCUAUCUUAGUUCAGUUUGACUCUUUUUUGAAAGUCAUUUAAAAUCAACUUUACAUUGAUAACAGAGAUGUAAAAACAGUAGGUGAAUAAACUGGGGAAAAAAAGAGUUCCA